AUGGGUCCACGCACGCAGAGCGGAGGAUUUCGAACCACGGAAGGCACACUCUAUGUUUCCAAACCAUUUCGAUCCAAGUCAUCCAAGAAACUUCGAGCUAUGAUCACGUUUGCACCUCGUAAAUCAGCUUUUGACACGACCAAUGAGUUUUCGGGUGCGAAUGAAUUCCGCGGCUUUUUCACCUUGUUCUGGAUAUCCAUAUUCCUUUUCACUAUCCAAACGUACAUCAGCAGUUUUGAAGCCAACGGAUAUGCCCUGAGCUUCGCUUUCGCUACUAUGUUCUCGAGGGAUGCUAUCACGCUUGCACUGAGUGACGCCCUUCUGGUUCUGACCACGGCUAUAUGCGUCCCAUUCGCAAUAUUGAUAAGCAAGGGAUGGAUAAGAUAUUAUUCGACAGGGUUGAUUAUUCAGCACGUGUUCCAGACAUGCAUGCUAGUCACGGCUGUAACAUGGACGUUCAAUAGGCAAUGGCCAUGGGUUCAAUCUGGAUAUUUGACAUUGCACACACUCGUCAUGAUCAUGAAAAUGCACUCAUACAUGACUAUCAACGGUUACUUGCAACAUGUUUCGACACGGUCUAAAGAACUUCUGGAAGAUAUUCGCAGGGUGACUUUAGAAGUAGGAGGUUGGGAUCAGGCUCUUUCAGAUGCAAAAGCGCGACACGAGGAAACCGAGACUGAUGCGCAUACGACCGACAGUAACGGUAUCAGCACGCCGAAUGAUACACCAGCCGAACGUGACGGAAAUACAGUGAAAUCAUUUACGGACGCACCUACAGCAGCAGCACUGCGCCAUCGCCUUGUAGCAAUCUCCGGGAGCGGGAACACCGGUGUCAGCACUCCUUCCGUUGACCCAACCUUUAUGCAAGAGUCUUCAUCGCCCAAUGGGAACCACGACUACGAAAUUGAUGAUCCGCCCGCAUAUAUGCUAGUAGACCACCCGGACGAACGAAUUUCAGCACUCGCAAAGGAGUACAAGGAGCUGGAUAGCGAGCUGGUGAGCACUGGCCCAAGUCGAGUGCGGUGGCCGGAAAAUAUCAGUAUAAAGAACUUUGCUUUAUAUCAACUAACCCCCACUCUCGUAUAUGAACUUGAGUACCCCAGAACCGAUCGUAUUCGUCCGUUGUAUGUUUUCGAGAAAACAGUUGGUUUUAUGGGUACCUUUGCACUGCUGUAUAGCGUCACGGAAAAUUUCAUCAUCCCGCUUACUCCAACGCCUGACCAAUCGUUCUUCCGUUCCUUACUGGACCUUGCACUUCCUUUUAUGAUAGCGUACCUUCUACUAUUUUACAUAAUCUUUGAAUGUAUCUGCAAUGGUUUUGCAGAACUAUCAUAUUUUGCGGACCGUCAAUUCUACGAAGACUGGUGGAACUCGACCUCAUGGGACGAAUUUUCUCGUAAAUGGAACAAACCAGUUCACAGCUUUCUGCUCCGGCACGUGUAUGCGUCGACGCUAGCUUCAUACAAAGUGUCGCGCACCACUGCCAUGUUUGUCACCUUUCUAUUGAGCGCGGCGGCCCACGAGUUAGUGAUGACGGUUGUAACCAAGAAAAUACGGAUGUACCUCUUCCUUUUACAGCUGAUCCAGAUACCGCUCAUCAUGGUCAGUCGAAUGCCGGCGAUUAAGCGCAACAAACUCAUGGGCAAUGUCGUCUUCUGGUUGGGCUUAUACGCCGGCUUUCCACUGCUGUGCGUCGCAUAUGUCGCGUAUUGA